AUGGAGACUCUCAAAGCGGUCUUUUUCGGUCCUGAUCCUCAGGCACAGAUGAGAAAAUGCAACGCACUCAUCCGCGCCAAUACUCGCCAAUUAGACCGCGAUAUUGCACAGCUCAGGACUUUGGAGAACAAGACGCGGCAAUAUAUCAUGAACGCCUCACGUCGGGCCGAGCGAAACCCCUCACAAUCCAAGCAGGCCACCCAGGAGGCUAAAACCUUUGCUCGCGAACUGGUUCGGAUCCGGAAACAAUCUACCCGUCUGCACACGAGCCGAGCCCAACUACAGAGCGUCCAGAUGCAGGUCAACGAAGCAUUCUCGGUGCGGAAGAUUCAAGGAAGCCUGAAGAAGUCGACUGGCAUCAUGAAGGAUGUCAACACAUUGGUUCGACUGCCCGAAUUGAACGCGACGAUGCGUCAACUUUCAACGGAGCUGGUCCGGGCUGGUAUCAUUGAGGAAAUGGUAGACGAUGCGAUGCCAGACAAUGAACUCUACGAGGAUGAAGUCGAUGAGGCUGAGGAAGAGGUUGCCAAGGUCUUGCAGGAGAUCUUGCAGGGAAAGCUUGCGCAAGUCGACACGGUCAAAGCCGAGGAGCCAUUGGAGGAGACACCCGCCGUCGAAGAGCAGUUCGAAGAUCAAGAAGCCACUCUCGAACAAAUGAGAGGCCGACUGGAAGCCUUGAAGAGCUGA